CAGCUUUAUAGCCCCUGUGACGUGUCUGGAUUACUCCUUAUGUUUGUGUGGUAACACUUUUGAUGUUGUCUUUCUGACAAAAAGAAGCAUGGAGGACUCAAACUCUUAUAUUCGCGUCUCUGGAUUUGUUCUUGGUUCAUUGAUGUUUCAGCACUUGAACAGUGACUCUGAUGUGGAAGGUCUCAUUCUCGGGGAGACCAAAGCUGAAGAGCGAAGCAACAUCACUGACUCUCAAAUCGACAACAUACAGUUUGAGCAUACAAUAAACAUUCAGAAACACAUAUCAUGUCGCAAGCUCAAUAGCUUCUAUAAUAGAAUAGGGGAGGUGAACCGGGAUGAAAUAAGGCACAUUUUAUCCAACUAUAAGGAGGAGAAUGUGAUUGGUUGGUAUAAACAGCGGAGAAACACAGAUCAACAAAUUACCUUCAGAGAGCAAGUAGUCCACGAGAACCUGAAGAGGGCACUCUCCAAUCAUGAGCUGAUCUUUCUGCUACUGACACCCAGUGAGAUCACAACAUCAGGCUCCACUCACAAACUGGAGUAUGCAGUCUACAGAUCACAUGGCAGUCAGUAUUGCAGUGUUCCUGUCCUGGUCAGCAACCUGGGUUUGUUGGAAGAGCAGGACUACUGGAGACUCUCUGCAUCUUGUUCAUCAGUCAACUACAACCAUGCUGUUAGGAAACACAGAUCUAAAUUCUUCUCCUCCGAUGGAUCUCUGCAUGAGGUGGAUGAGAUUAAUGACAUGAACAACUCCUUGCAGGGUGAACUGAAGAUGGCAUGUAAGAAAGUGGAGGAGAGUGAACGAUUGGUUGAGAAGCUGCUUGCAGACGUUUCUGAUCUAAGAAGGAUGGUCAAUGAGAGGAAACAAGAGCUGAGAGAAAUCUCAGCAGAUGGAGCCUCCACCCCGGCACAGCCCCGGGAGAAUGUGCUGCUCUGCGAGGUCAUCAAAACACUAUUUCCUGGGGCAUCUCUACUCCAAACGCAGGCUCUAAACUUCCAGGGGUUUCCAUUGCCCGAGUUCUGCUGCAGCACUGACCAUGGCAUAGACAUUGCCACAACACUGCCUUUGAUCCUGAGUCAUACACUCCCUAAAGCCAGGAAGGGGAGGCUUGGGAGAGGCGGAGGUACAUCCUGGAGAAAAUGUCCCCUUCGUGAAUCAUCUGAGGUGCCCAAGAGGAGGAAAGGCAUGCUGGAGGAGACUGAUGAGACUUUGUCAGUCAGUGGGUCAGAGACCGAGGAGGAUUUGAUCCCAGCCAAUCGGAACGGAAAUAAUUUAGAUGUGUCCAACUCCCCGGUUUUCUGAGGACCAAAUGGACCACUCAAGAAUGGUCAUUUUGCAUUAAAUGUCACUGUGUAUGGAUUAUAGGAAAUUCUGUGGCAUUCCCCUGUAACAGUCCUCUAUCAACAACUGAAAACUUGAUAUGUUUGCAGGGAUGCCUUCAAUUAGCUCAUUUUUAGGAGCAACAUGUUUUAUUUAGAAGUGACUGUCCAAGUUCUUGAUUAUAAUAACUUUAGUGUUUAUCAACAAUUUUUCAUAAUGUGGGUCCAGACAUGAAUCCUGCGGAGGAAAAUAUGAGUAUUAUAGAAAGGCCUAAAUGAUCAAAACAUGGCCAUUUUGAGCAAUAGACAGGUCUGUAGCACACAAUGUCAUCAGUACCCUCUGGUCAGUAGUGAUAGAUGGUGCAUUGACGUUUUAUAAAGAGAAACUAUCACAGAGCAACCUCGAGGCUUAAUGCUGCUGACCCAAGAGUAUUGGAUCAUAUGAUAUUCUGUCCCAAGACCAGUCAAUAAUAAAAUGAGUGAUUUGAUGACUUACCCAUAGAAUGAGCUUUAUUUAUGGCUUUGGAAAUCUCCCCUCUGUUUCUUACCACAGACCUGGAAAGGAAUAAACACCUUGUUAAUAUGACAUGAUAUGUGAUAUGAACAUGUUUAGCUUUAUCUGACCAAGUUCUCACAUGUUAUGUGCCUACUGUAAAUUGUUCCUGUGAGGGGGUUUAUAAACAGGGACAGCAGCUAUUGGAAAGAAGUUUGGAGGAAAUGUAUGCAUUUUAUAAUGAAACAUUGCUCAAUUGCAUCUCUGCUCAUCAGUACUGUAUUAUGUACUGUAGUCUGACAGACCUGAACAUUCUUGAACAUUCUCCACAGAAUGCAGCCCUUCUGUGGUUGUUCAUAUGGAUUCUCCAUCCAUAAUGGCUGGGGAGAUAAAAAUGUACAUAAAGUUAUGUGAAUCCAUCCAACAAUGUAGUUGCCAUAGACGUAAACAAAUGAGACAUGGCUUCAAAUCCUGUUUAUAAUGGUAAUAAUGUUCGUCAUGUGGAAUGUCACUCCUUGAGCACCAAGAGUGCAUAUGAAUCAAGUUAUAUUUGCAUUUUCAAAUGUCAUCCGAAACCCAAUUAGUCCAUCCAUAUAGAUUUUAUUUGUGCACUCUUACUAGAUGGAUAGCUAGCUAAUCGUAACGUUACAUAUGCAGAUUAAAUCGUUUACAAUUUCA